AACGUCAUUGUAGUUUGAUCAUUGUCUUAACCGCGUGGUAUAAUUUUGGAAACCUGACUGAUUAUUCAUCAUCGGGUGUUACUAAUUGUACACCAGCUUGCCCCCAUGCCCCUGUUCAUCCAGGCAGAGAAACGCCCCCUACCCUCUGGUUGCCCCUGAACUUGAUAAUGACGGACCCACUUGAGUGUGACACCUUACAUGUCACCUUAAAGAAGGAAGGGAUAGCCAAAGGAAGAUUGGUAUAAAUAGGACCACACUACAGGCGUGGCAGGAUAUGUAAUCGCUGUCGUUGUAAGAACUGGCUUCCCUGCUGGAAAAUUUUAAGUUAUAGUUUUUUCCACCUUGAAUAUUUAGCAGACCAUUCUGUGCAUGACUUAUUUUUGGAGGAAACGAGCCCAUUUUAAGAAGAUGAGAGGUUUUAUUUGUGUUUUCGUGUGUCUCACGGUGUUCACUGCUCGAUCGCAAGGGCAGAUCGGGCAACCUGUCCCACCAGUUGGUCCGCAAGGAGGUCCCGCUGGGCAGACAGUACCACCAUUUAACCCACAAGGAGGCGUUCCAGGGAGUCCCGGGGGACAACCCAAUUUCCCGCAAGGUGGUGUGCCUGGAACUUCCGGAGGACAACCCAAUUUCCCGCAAGGUGGUGUGCCAGGAAUUCCCGGAGGACAACCCAAUUUCCCGCAAGGUGGUGUGCCAGGAAUUCCCGGAGGACAACCCAAUUUCCCGCAAGGUGGUAUGCCAGGAACUCCCGGAGGACAACCUAAUUUCCCGCAAGGAGGUAUGCCAGGAACUCCCGGAGGACAACCCAAUUUCCCGCAAGGAGGUAUGCCAGGAAAUCCCGGAGGGCCACCAAGUCGACCCCAUCCUCCCAAUUCGAAUGGCCCUGGACGUUGCAACCCCGAAUGGACCGAAUGGAGAAACAAUUGCUACCUUUACUCCAGUGCAAUGGUCAGAAAACACAAUGCCACAGGCAUCUUUCAUGAAACUGUAAACGAGGGCCUUACUCAGGACAUGGCCAACGCGAAAUGCGCACAGGAACACCCGGGAGCAUGCCUAGUGACAAUCAACAACCAAGCGGAAAACGAUUUUCUCUUCGCCUGGGCGGUCAAAAUGAUGGGACAACCGGUUCCAGUGUGGAUAGGUCUUCAUGCGAAACAAAACCCUAGCGGUGUUUCUACGUGGGAAUGGUACGACGGGUCUGUUCCCAGCUACCUCAACUGGGAAGAAGUGCCUGCGCCAGUAGCCGCUCCUGGAAUGGGCGCAAUGCUUUUCGAUGCUGACCUCAUCCCUACUGGACCUGUCCCGCAAAAUCCAGUCGAAAUUACUGGUAAGUGGACGAGCGAGGUUGCCCAUUCUAUGGCGAUGGGCGAGUAUCUAGGGAUGAUCUGCAAGCAUUCACUGGUGACCACGCCCACGGAAGCACCGACCACCACCGCCGCCACCAUCAACGAAGUCACCACCACUGCUCCAACAACAACACCUACAACGCCCUCCACGGUAGUACCAAUGACUACAGUAAGGCCAGUUAUGCUGAACAACAAUCCAGCUCAUCUUAGGGAUAUCCUGAGGGGAGGGCGCUACGGUGGAUCAAGGCUCUUUGAGGUACAGCGAAGGCCUGCUAACUACAGACAGAAUCCAUACUAUGCUGUUCGGCCAUAGCCAAUACCUUAAUCCGAACUUUGUGAAUUACGAUAAUCCAAGGAUAUCACAAAUACCAUAAUGAUGAUUCGAUGGUGAAUGGGUUUGAUGAUACUACACAUUUAUGAUAAGGAUUCGUUUGAUUAUCGCCAGUUGGGUGCGUCACUUCACCUACAUUUACAUUUUAUUUCCACUCAUCAAAUUAAAAUACCGUUUCAGGGUAUAUUUUUUGUGUGAAACUAGUUGUUGUUAAAUCGUUUGCGAGUCUGGUCACGUGACGCUGCUAAUGCUCGUACCACGUACCAGUAAAGAAAUAUAUAUAUAUAUAUCUUCAGUGGUGACAUCCAUCAUCCUUUUUUGAGGAAAGUUUUGUGUUCCCAUAUUGGUAAUCAUGAUGCAUUCACUCAGCUGUAAUUAUUAGAUGUGGCGGCUUGAAUUUCGGUGGUAUAGCUGCUUCUGUAAUAAUGAACAUGCUUUGUAAAAUUCAUGAAAUAGUGUGAGACUGAUCAACGUGUGCAUGCAUAUUUGUUAAAAGUAUUUUUUUAAUUUGUAAAUUGAAUUGAACUGUUGGAGGUGAAUAAAAAAAGAGAAGAGCAAUUUCA